UGGCUGCCGGGCAUCUUUUGCUGCUUUUUCUGUACUCGUUGGACCAAAGUUGGAGACUUCGAUUAUGAUUCAAGCACCAGCGAUGGCUAAUCGAAUCUAGAUCUCAUCAUAUAAAAAUGGCCUACGAGGCUCUUGCUUUACCACCAACCUAUGAUUUAAAGUUCCAAGGUUGCAUCACAGUCUACUGACCGUCUUCUUCUAUUGCUCACAGCUCAGAGUGUGUCAGCUGAAGCACGAGAAGAGAUCUUGAGCAGAAUGCGGUCUGCUAUUUGAUCACCUCCAAUUCAGCUGCCGUUGAUGGAUGAUUGAGACCUCCGGCCAGGUUUCAUGUCACAUUCAGCAUUUUGAUCGGCGUAUUGUGACGCAGAUGACAGGUGUGAGAGCUGCGCGAGGUGCGUCUGGAUGAUCUCCAAGGGUUUCUCGUGGAUGGUGGUCUCCAGCAUCGCAGUGGUCUCGCUUCUCCUCCUUGCAUACGGCAUCUCGACACCGUCCUCCGGCGUCAACAUCGACGACGACCGAUUUAACUCUUACAGAAAGCAAGUUCCUUCUCCGAGAGCGAUGGAGAGCUCCAAUGACAGCAUGCAAGGAGGCGACAGGAUCGGCGGCAGAUGGGAGCUAUUGAAGGAGGAGUUCACCUUCACCAUGAAUUCUGCUCCUUUCAACAAUUGUCAUGCUUCUACCAUCGUCGAGAUCGAGAAAGAUCAUUUCUUGGUAGGCUACUUUGGAGGUUCGAUUGAGGGUGCCCCUGACGUCAAGAUCUGGUUGCAGAGAUACAAGGAUGGCCAUUGGAGUCCUCCAUCUGUAGUCGAUGAAGAACCCGACAUUCCCAUGUGGAAUCCUGUUCUGUUCAAGCUUCCAUCCGACGAGCUGCUUCUCUUCUAUAGGAUUGGACCAGAUGUGCAGAAUUGGAGCGGUUUCAUGAAGCGAUCACUCGAUGGUGGCAUUUCUUGGCAGGAAAGGGAGCAACUUCCCCCUGGAAUCCUUGGACCCAUCAAGAACAAGCCCAUCUUGUUAGAUGAUGGUCGCCUGGUCUGUGGAUCCUCGGUCGAGAGCUGGAACUCCUGGGGAGCAUGGAUCGAGGUUACCGAAGAUUCCGGCCGUUCAUGGAACAAGUACGGGCCUAUAUUCGUCGAAGACGAAUCGGUCAGCGUGAUUCAACCUUUCCCAUACCCGACCAAGAACAGAAACUUGGGUGUGCUGAUGCGGUCGGCUUUAGGGAGGAUCUAUCUUGCAGAGUCCUUCGACAGUGGUCGAAGCUGGAGCUCCGCGAAGCCAACUCAACUCCCCAAUCCAAAUUCAGGAAUUGAUGGAGUAAAGAUGAACGACGGCCGGCUGCUGGUGGUCUACAACACGGAUUCAAGAGGAACACUUAAGGUGGCAUCUUCUGCGGAUGAUGGUGAUUCUUGGGAAGAAGUGAUGACACUGGAGGAGGGCUCGAUGGAAUUCUCGUACCCGGCGGUGAUCCAAGCCAUGAAUGAGCUCAUUCAUGUCACCUACACCUACAACAGGACUCAGAUCAAGCAUGUUGUUAUCCGACCCGAAGUGUUCUGAGAUCAUGAAUCGGGGAUCCGUCAAAUCGAUAACGCUCAGUGGUAUUUCGAUUCUGAUAAUGUCGAGAGAACAGAAGCACUGCAAGAAUUCAAUUCUUGGGAGUUGUGUUUUACAAAGCAAGUCCCAUCGUGUUUCGAAUGAAUAGAGUCCGCAGUAUCUGCCUGUACCCAAGUGUUCUAUAUCAUAGUUUCUUGGGACCUUUAACAUGAAAUGCUUUCUACUCCGAACCAUGCAGUGUAAACAAACAUCAAGAAUGCACCAUUGGCAGUACACAAAGAACAUUCGAGUUGAAGAAAAUAAUCACUGUUUUCAUUGUUCACCAUCUGUAAUAUGAUUCAGUUUAUCCGUGUUUUAUUUC